ACCUCUUCCCCCUCAUCUUCCCCUCGGAGCCGGCCCCGGCCUCGGGCCCCUAUGUGGAGAUCAUCGAGCAGCCCAAGCAGCGGGGCAUGCGCUUCCGCUACAAGUGCGAGGGCCGCUCAGCCGGCAGUAUCCCGGGCGAGAGGAGCACGGAUACCACCAAGACCCACCCCACCAUCAAGAUCAAUGGCUACACGGGGCCAGGGACAGUGCGCAUCUCCCUGGUCACCAAGGACCCCCCUCACCGGCCUCACCCCCAUGAGCUCGUGGGGAAAGACUGCCGGGAUGGCUUCUAUGAGGCUGAGCUCUGCCCAGACCGCUGCAUCCACAGCUUCCAGAACCUGGGGAUCCAGUGUGUAAAGAAGCGGGACCUGGAACAGGCCAUCAAUCAGCGCAUCCAGACCAACAACAACCCCUUCCAAGUUCCCAUAGAAGAGCAGCGCGGGGACUACGACCUGAAUGCUGUGCGGCUCUGCUUCCAGGUGACAGUGCGGGACCCAGCAGGCAGGCCCCUCCGCCUGCCGCCUGUCCUCUCUCACCCCAUCUUUGACAACCGUGCCCCCAACACUGCAGAGCUCAAGAUCUGCCGGGUGAAUCGGAACUCGGGGAGCUGCCUUGGGGGCGAUGAGAUCUUCCUGCUGUGCGACAAGGUGCAGAAAGAGGACAUCGAGGUGUAUUUCACGGGCCCGGGCUGGGAGGCCCGAGGCUCCUUUUCACAAGCCGACGUGCACCGACAAGUGGCCAUCGUGUUCCGGACGCCUCCCUACGCGGACCCCAGCCUGCAGGCCCCCGUGCGCGUCUCCAUGCAGCUGCGGCGGCCUUCGGAUCGGGAGCUCAGCGAGCCCAUGGAAUUCCAGUACUUGCCAGACACAGAUGACCGGCACCGGAUUGAGGAGAAACGCAAAAGGACCUAUGAGACCUUUAAGAGCAUCAUGAAGAAGAGUCCUUUCAAUGGACCCACCGACCCCCGGCCUGCAACCCGGCGCAUUGCUGUGCCUUCCCGCAGCUCAGCUUCCGUCCCCAAGCCAGCUCCCCAGCCCUAUCCCUUUACGCCAUCUCUCAGCACCAUCAACUUUGACGAGUUCACGCCCAUGGCCUUUGCUUCUGGGCAGAUCCCAGGCCAGACCUCAGCCUUGGCCCCAGCCCCUGCCCCAGUCCUGGUCCAGGCCCCAGCCCCGGCCCCAGCCCCAGCCAUGGCAUCAGCUCUGGCCCAGGCCCCAGCCCCUGUCCCCGUCCUAGCCCCCGGCCUUGCUCAGGCUGUGGCCCCGCCUGCCCCUAAAACCAACCAGGCUGGGGAAGGGACACUGACAGAGGCCCUGCUGCAGCUGCAGUUUGAUACUGAUGAGGACCUGGGGGCCCUGCUCGGCAAUAACACUGACCCGACCGUGUUCACGGACCUGGCAUCCGUCGACAACUCUGAGUUUCAGCAGCUGCUGAACCAGGGUGUAUCCAUGCCCCCCCACACAGCUGAGCCCAUGCUGAUGGAGUACCCUGAGGCUAUAACUCGCUUGGUGACAGGGUCCCAGAGACCCCCUGACCCAGCUCCCACUCCCCUGGGGGCCUCUGGGCUCACCAACGGUCUCCUCUCGGGGGACGAAGACUUCUCCUCCAUUGCGGACAUGGACUUCUCAGCCCUUCUGAGUCAGAUCAGCUCCUAA